AUGAGCAGAAAUAGGGAAAGAUUCAUUGAAAUACUGGAAAAUUCUUUUUCACAGAAUGAAAAGAUUCCCCCAGAAAACAAGCUGUUUUCCUACAGAGGUAUUUUAUACCCUGCUCUACUUAGCAGCCCAGAAACUUUUGAAGCUAUGAAAUCCUUUGAAGCCAGGAGUGAUGAUGUGAUUCUAGCAGGCUAUCCUAAAACAGGAACAAACUGGCUUGGCCAAGUGGUGAGGGAGUUGGAAUCAACAGAUGCCAAAUAUACAGAAGAAGAAAUGAAAGAAAGAAUAAAUGCUGAGAAGAAGCUAGAGAUAUUUCCACGUCUGGAAUUUGGAGAUCCUGGGAUAUAUGAGAGGUUGAAGAAACUGCCUUCCCGGAGAAUUAUAUUAACCCAUCUGCCACCUCAUCUCCUGCCCAAAUCCAUUUUCCAAAGCAAGGCUAAGAUCCUUGUGAUAAUUCGGAACCCAAAAGACACAGCUGUCUCCUAUUACCAUUUCUACAACAACAUGCCACUGCUGGUGUCCUUCACCUCUUGGGAUGAAUACUUUGCAGCUUUCAUGAGUGGGAAAUUAACCUGGGGAUCCUACAUUGACCACUUAGUGGAAUGGAACACUUACAUUGACCAUGAGAAUAUCAUGAUGAUAAGCUACGAGGAACUCAAAGAGGACCAGGUACUAGGAAUGAAAAAAAUUGCUGCCUUCUUUGGAUUCUCCCUGUGUGAGGAAGAUUUUUCCACAAUUGCCAAGAAGACAAGUUUCCAAGCGAUGAAAGAGAAAUCCAAGGAAACCCAUGGAAAGUUUGGGGACAUCCUCUUCCGGAAGGGGGUUGUUGGGAACUGGAAAGAUCUCUUCUCUAAAGCUCAGAAUGAAGAAAUGGACCAAAAAUUUGAAGAAUGCCUAGGAGGAACAAAACUGGCAGCAAAGAUGAAAUAUGAUGUCUACUGCAAGGCCUGA